AUGAUUUCCACCAACUCGACAUCGCUGCGACCCGGUCACCACCGCCGUCAGCUCUCGAACCCAGCACACUUUGAGGCAGCCAUUGUGCCACUCCCCAUGUCCAGAAUGACCGCCCGACGCACGCAUCGUCGCGGACAGACCGUGGAUUAUGGCUCGUAUGGUCAACAGAUGCCCACACCUGUUGACCGACGACAGGCACCGAAAACGGCGCCGGAGCUUCGAGACUACUUUAACGCAAAAUCAACAGGACUUCACCCUCAGACGAGAACGUCACAACAGUUCUCCGGCUACAUGUCGCGUCCAGAGCAAUCCUUCAUGUCUCGUGGACCUUCGAUGCAGCAUCCAAACUACCAGUAUCAAUCAUCUCCCAUGUGGUCUCAUGACGAAUUGCAAGAGUUCUACACAGAGUCUGCCGCGUCAAGUUCUCGUGCCACCACAGUUGCACCGGCUCUAUCCAGGUCCGCCAGCGACAGCUCCGAAAAUAAUGCGCCAGUCCCCAGCGCUCUCCAUCACAUGCGCCACGAGCGUAAUGUUGCAACGAUGCAGAGGGAACCGGCCAUGGGUCACCCUCGGAUGGCGCAGACGCUCUGUGUUCAACCAGAUGUUGUCUCGUCGAAGAUGAACCCAUACCUUUCUUACACUUCCCCUCUCACCCCCGAAUCUACCCCGAUGAAGGGAUCUUUUGAUUUUUCCAUGUAUAGCAACGAGUACACCCCCACGAAGUCCCAAAGUUUCUCGAUUCCCCGUACCCCAGUCAGCGCAGAAAUGCAAAGAGCCCAGUCAUUCCAAGGUGCAUCCUUGGGAAGCCCAGUCCAGUUGAAGCAUCGUAUCCCGUCUCCCGCCGACUCGCCCUCGAUCGAUUUUGCCGAGUUGGCCAGCAUGCACUCCCCCAUCCCAUCAGGUCUACCGGAAAACAGCGACAUCCGUUCCAUGGCGGGUCGUCAAGAUCGCGCCGAGUCGGUCGAGUCAUCGCUCAUGCCCUCCGGAUCGGAUAUGGAAGCCGAACCGAUCGACGACUUCGAUCUCGACGCCCGUGUCAAGGCAUCCGUCCGAGAGACGGGGGUCUCCAACGACGAGAUCAACAAGUAUAUCUCCGGUCCCGACCCCAAGGACGGCAAAUGGGUCUGUUUGUGGCACGACUGCGGCAACUGUCGCUUUGGCCGCAAGGAGAACAUUCGAUCACACGUCCAGACCCAUCUCGAUGACCGUCCGUACAAGUGCGACGUGUGCGAGAAGAAGUUUGUCCGCGGCCACGAUCUGAAGCGCCAUUUGAAGACCCAUACGGGUAAGAAGCCGUUCGCCUGUCGUUGCGGCGCUAGUUUCGCUCGUCAAGAUGCCCUCACUCGUCACCGCCAGCGCGAUAUGUGCGUGGGAGGAUACAAUGGCCACACUCUCAAGACGACUCGUCGUGGCCGCCCGCCCAAGAAGAACCGUCCUGAUCUGGAAUCUCGUCAAACCAAGUCGACCCGUACCCGUCAACGCAUGGCUCUCAAAUCCGAGAGCUUCACGCCCAUCAAGAUUGAAAGUGAAAUCGCUCAAGAGUCCCCCGUGUUUGUGUCGCCCAGCUAUGGAUCAUCCCACAGCAUUUCAUCGUUCACGCCGCCAACCUCCCCCGGUGCCAGUCGGAGUCGAGUCCCAUCGCCGUUGCCGUCCACGAGCGCAUUCCCUACCGAAUUCGACGAUGAUAUCCUCCCGCCUCUGCCGUCUCCGCAGAUGGCGCACCAGACCCGAUAUGCUGCGGCCAACGCCCCAUUCGUGUCGGGGGUGGCCGGUCUCGCGACGUCCCAGGAGUACUUUUACAACGAUCCGUCUCUUUCGUCUCCGCACGACAUGUCUUCGCCCCACAGCGGGCCCACGUUAUCUGAAUCCUCGAUGGGUUCGGAGAUGGAUUUCUUCAUGACGCAAGAUCCGACGGAGCAUGUCCAGGAGGAAUUUGGCAACAUCAUCUCCACGCAAGCGCUGUCCAGUUUUUCGAAUUCAUACCCCUUUGUCGACUCAUCGGAUUUCCCCACCGCGUCAUUCUACACGGAUAUGCCCGAGAAGACUUUCCCGGCUCUCCACUCUCUAGAUGACCCAUCCUUUGACCCAAUCGACUCGCUUUCGAACGAGUUCCUCGUGGACCCUUGA